UGGUGAUGUGCUGAUCACCUCGACACUCCUCAAAAUUGCUCUGGUAUUCGACAUCCUUCUGCCGUGUGCCUUUUUCUUGCGCUCGAGUUCGCAUGCACAAGCUGAUCAUCCAUUCUGCGUAUACAUAUGUACAGAGAAAGGCACCGCAAAGCACGGCCGAGCGUACCCCCUGUCCCGAAAGGACGCCGAACGCCGAACGGACAUUCCAUUCCUCGCCCGACUUCUCUUCGGGCCCUUCGAGGCUUCCGUGUCUGGCUCGCGCGUAUUCUCGUGUCACUCUCACCAAAUUCUCUACCAGGGCCAGGGCCUGUUGCUCUCCCCUGCAUCGCCUGUCGCCUGCUCCACGCCUGGGAUCGCGCGGCUUGUGUCGAGCCAGGCUCCACGCUCGGCCUGCUCGUGGCUCUCGGCCUGCCUGGGUCGACUCUGAAACUUGGUCUCUCGUCGCGUCGGACGUUGAUCCCCUAAGCCCCUUGUGGUCUGACCUGGGUGAGACUGGUGCGCAUUGCAGGUGUGACUGGAAUGGAUGAGUAGUGGCGAGAUUGGAACAAAGCAAUAAUGAGGCAAACUGACUCUGAUGGAGUUGGUUCGGGAGGUCGUUAAUUUCAAUCAUUUGAAUGCAAUGCCGCAUCCGGCUAGUCAAGACACCCGGGGUCCACAGGCCGUAGGAGAUACUAAUUUACGUUGUUCAGCUGUCUUCAACGCAACUAACUCUAUGAAAGCACCUGAGCUGGUGCUGGAGGCUGAUUCGUCCUUCUCCACCAGUGACCAGAUCGAUCUACUCUUACAAACGAUACUUGUUACAGGGCAACGGGAAAAGGGUGCAUAGUUGUGCUCGACUCGUCAACCAUGGGACAACCUAAAGUAGUCUUCCCAAUACAAUGCCAUUUCUACUUGGGAGUCAUACAAAUGAAGCCCCUCGAUUCAAGCUCCAUGCGAGCAUACGAGGAGUCUGCCUCUAAUAUUAUGAUUCAUGCAG